CUGUAUUGCGUCAUGUCUACGCCGGCCCAUCCGUAUUGCGUCAUGUCUACACUGGCCCAUCCGCGUUGCUCUCAGCGAGCAGAAGGCAUUUUCCUAGUUCCAGGCAGGAUUCUCUUCUUGAGGUGCUGCAGUCCAGGGAAAACUUACAGAAUGAAGAAAAUGAGCAACAUCUAUGAGUCGGCCGCCAACACCCUGGGCAUCUUCAACAGCCCCUGCCUGACCAAAGUCGAGCUGCGCGUGGCGUGCAAAGGCAUAUCUGACAGAGACGCCCUUUCCAAACCAGACCCCUGUGUCAUCCUCAAGAUGCAGUCCCACGGGCAGUGGUUCGAGGUCGAUAGGACGGAAGUGAUCCGCACCUGCAUCAACCCGGUGUACUCGAAGCUGUUCACCGUGGACUUCUACUUUGAGGAGGUGCAGCGCCUGCGGUUUGAGGUCCAUGACAUCAGCAGCAGCCACAACGGGCUGAAGGAGGCCGACUUCCUGGGCAGCAUGGAGUGCACCCUGGGCCAGAUCGUGUCCCAGAGGAAGCUGUCCAAGUCCUUGCUGAAGCACGGGAACACAGCGGGCAAGUCCUCCAUCACGGUGAUUGCCGAAGAGCUGUCUGGCAAUGACGACUACAUUGAACUCGCAUUCAACGCGCGGAAAUUGGAUGACAAGGAUUUCUUCAGUAAAUCUGACCCAUUUCUGGAAAUUUUUCGUAUGAAUGAUGAUGCAACUCAGCAGCUCGUGCACCGAACGGAGGUCGUGAUGAAUAACCUCAGUCCAGCCUGGAAGUCAUUCAAAGUAUCGGUCAAUUCGCUGUGCAGUGGGGACCUAGACCGCCGGCUAAAGUGCAUAGUGUGGGACUGGGACUCCAACGGCAAGCACGACUUCAUUGGGGAGUUCACCUCGACAUUCAAGGAGAUGAGGGGAGCGAUGGAGGGGAAGCAGGUGCAGUGGGAGUGCAUCAACCCCAAGUACAAAGCCAAGAAGAAGAAUUACAAGAACUCGGGCGUUGUGAUUUUGAAUCUGUGCAAGAUCCAUAAGAUGCACUCCUUCCUGGAUUACAUCAUGGGCGGCUGCCAGAUCCAGUUCACUGUGGCCAUAGACUUCACUGCUUCGAACGGGGACCCCAGGAACAGCUGCUCCCUGCACUACAUCCACCCUUACCAGCCCAAUGAGUACCUGAAGGCCUUGGUGGCAGUGGGAGAGAUUUGCCAAGAUUAUGACAGUGACAAAAUGUUCCCAGCCUUUGGGUUUGGCGCCAGGAUACCCCCGGAGUACACGGUCUCUCACGACUUUGCAAUCAACUUUAAUGAAGACAACCCAGAAUGUGCAGGGAUUCAAGGCGUUGUGGAAGCCUACCAGAGCUGUCUUCCUAAGCUUCAACUCUACGGUCCCACAAACAUCGCUCCCAUCAUUCAGAAGGUUGCCAAGUCAGCAUCAGAGGAGACAAACACCAAGGAAGCAUCGCAAUACUUCAUCCUGCUGAUCCUGACCGAUGGCGUCAUCACAGACAUGGCCGACACGCGGGAGGCCAUCGUCCACGCCUCCCACCUCCCCAUGUCGGUCAUCAUCGUGGGCGUGGGGAACGCCGACUUCAGUGACAUGCAGAUGCUGGACGGUGACGACGGGAUUCUGAGGUCGCCCAAGGGAGAGCCGGUCCUGCGAGACAUCGUCCAGUUCGUGCCCUUCAGGAACUUCAAACACGCAUCCCCAGCUGCCCUGGCAAAGAGCGUGUUGGCUGAAGUUCCGAACCAAGUCGUGGACUAUUACAAUGGCAAAGGAAUUAAACCAAAGUGUUCCUCAGAGAUGUAUGAGUCUUCUAGGACACUAGCCCCGUGAACACUUUUACAGAGUUCUGAAAUACUACUCUUACUAAUAUUUACUACUUCUCCUGUCCCUGUACUUUAACAUUGACACACACACAUUUAAAACAGCACGUUUUGGUGAUUUUUAACUAACCAUUUUUUCCCUUUGCAUGUGUAGCCCCAAGGCAAGGCCUGGAUCUGUGAAGCCCUUGUAUUGUCAAAGACUUUUUACAAAGAAACACAAAUAAUUAUAACCUACUCUUUACAUUACAGCAUGCCGCCUUCAAAUAAAUGGUAUCUGUAUCCGUUUUUUAUACAGGUUUGUUGAAAUUUUGCUAAAUUUCUUAUCUUUACACUAUAAAGCAUUUUGAAACAUUUAUUGAAUGUUGAUAGCCAAAACAUACUUGGUUUUAUCUGCUACAAGAUGACAGACUUUUCAAGAAUGGCAGAUGCAUGGACUGUAUUUUGCAUGUUUAAAAUUUAAAAAUACACACCCACUGUUUUUUCACAGUUCUUAUCUAUGAGUCCUCCCUGCUGAGAAUGGUCUCUCGACUAAGAAGAGAUUUAUACACUGUUCGUCUUUUGAAGUGGAUCUGGGACGUCUAGCCCAGCACCUGUCAGAUCUUACUGUGCACAUAAAUCGCCCGAGAGUCUUGUUAAAAGUCAGAUUUUGUAAUAGAUCUGGGUGGGGCCCAGGAUUCUGCGUCUCUAACAGGGCCCCCGGUGAUGCUUACAGAGCCCUUAGUCUGUGCUAAGAGUUGCGAGGGUCUAGACCGCAGGCUGUCAUACCAGAGACCAUCCAAAACAGGGCAGCUCCUCGUGUGCGUGGGAAUGGCCCCUCUGCCCUGCCUGCCUCCGAGGUGAGAGGAGCAAGGAAUGAGGCUGAUUCCAGAGGCUGCACACCCCGUUAGUCUCACUGCUUUAUAGUCACACCUCUUCCUAAACGAAGCUAGAGACCGCUCCUGCUGGCUAGCCCCCGCCCGUCUAAUGACGCAUCGUAGGAGCACUGCAUGGUCGGUUCGAUUUUAUGUCAACCCGUAAGAAUAACCUCAAAAAGCUGUCGUUGGAACCACACAGUGGAACGAAACUGGUCCAUGCAAAUAGCACGCGGUGCGGGGACUGGCACCUGGUUCACAAGCUGGCCUCUGGGCUUACCGGAGGCUGCUGCUUGCCUCUCUGUCUCCCAAGAGAAGCUCUCUAAGUGGAGCUGCCUGGCAUCAUCGCUUUGUGUCGACGGGUCUUGUUUCAGUGUAAAGUGCCCAGUCUUGACCCAGAAGAAUGGGCGUUUCACCUGCACAAUCUUCUAGCAAAGAAAUGGACAAGCGUUUGCAACCAGAAAAGGCCUGAUGUGGGACUUAUUUUUGUCAGUGACAGGGAGGUAAAUCACAGGGAAAAGUGAGUCUUUGCUGUUCGUUUGGGUGUGGCAUAAUUAACAACCAAAUCGAACGCUUUGUCUGAUCUCCAGAGUUUUAACCGUAGGUCCUAAUCUUGCAAAUACACGUCAACAAAAUGCACAAUGUUUUGGGAAUGAUGGCAAAAAUGUAUGACUAAAAAAUCAUAAAUAUCUAA